AGUUAGCCAGAAAAUAGGUAACAGCAAGGCCACAUAGAAAUAUGGGUUGACCUGAAUUUCCCAUCAUUGAACCCGUAUCAAAUCUAAAUUGGGUUGGAUUUGACCCAUUUUGAAAGUCCCAAUUGUCAACACACUUAAUUUCCAAAUUCUCGUCCCUCCCUACAACGCUAAUCACCCAAAGUGUUCUUGCCAAUCCACAUAUUUUGCUUGCUUCUAAUUGUUUUAUAGAUAAACAGAUAAUUAAUUGAUUCUCUAACCGUGAAUCCCUUACGAUAACUUCAGUAAUUUGCAGAUAUAUAUAUCACAGCCAGGUUGCUGAGGCAAAAGAUGACUGCUAAUAUCCAAAAAUUCCGAUCUCUUUCAACCACUGUGAAUCAUAGUUUCGAGUCAAGAUGGAUCUUGCAUCACUAUCGCCUCCUGCAUCAUGGUCCAGAUACAAUGGAGGAAUUAUUGGAUAGACACGUCGUCAAAAAGGAGAAGAGCCUAGAUGAUGACGAGAACGAGCUCCUAAAUAGACAGCGACUCACUGGCAGUCGGCGCGAGGCUCUAAGUCUAUAUCGAGACGUCAUCCGCGCUACCCGGUUCUUCAUGUGGGCCAACUCUCAAGGCAUAAUUUGGCGGGAUGUUCUCAGAGAAAAUGUCCGAAAGGAAUUCGAGGAGGCACGAUUUGAGAGAGAUCCAGAAGUCAUCACCAGGUUGCUAAUUGGGGGUCGGGAUGCUCUACAAGCUGCUUUGGAAAAACUUGCGGACAAACAAAAGCAAGAAAUCGAAAAGCAACGUGGCAAUUCAAAUACUCCUUGAUAUUCUGCGGCGGUCAAGUUAGACGUCAAUUGGUCGACUGUUUGGUACGUACUAUUUAAGAUCUUUAAUUCAGACGGACUUUUGGUCGAUGGGACUCCAAUCAAUAAAGUAAGGUUAAGUUUGCAGGAAAGUUACAAUUAGAACAACUUCAUUACGUUGGGAUAUAGAUGCAUAACCAAAAACACUAAUAAUUUGUGUCCCUCUCAAAAGACUGAUGGAUGAACCCAGAAAUCAAUCAGAAGAAGUAGAUAAAAGAGAUGUGAAAGGGAAGUCUGAUGGGCUUUGAAGUAGGGAGAUGGUGAGUCUGUCUCUCUCUCUUUUCUUUUUGAUAAUCGUGAUGUCCGGGUCAACUUGCGUGCACAUCGACUAAUUUCACGGGGUACCUGCUACCUCCUGUCAGCAUAGGUACCGGGUAACUCUGUCCACCAAGACUUGGAUGGAUCAGGAAAUCACCUAGUGUUUUUUUUGUCUCCGUUGGAUUUGAAACUAAGACCUCGUGGUUCUCAAUCACACAUUGACCACUAGGUCACACCCUUAGGUGCAUGACAGUCUCUUCUUUGCGCUCCAGUAUCAUGGUUUUGUCCGGACUCUGGAUGAUAGCAAUUUGUAGCAAUACAUGAUGGUUAUGAUUCACCAUCAUAUCAUACUUCAUAUUAUAAGUUUGGAAGUUGGAACUGUUGUCAUUAUUGUUAGACAUGUUUAUUUGAUGAAUGUAUAACUUCUUUGCAAUCAAACUUAAUUAUCUAUCAUGCAUUAUUAGUACUUUUCAUUGCAUAGUUAGCAGAGCCAAAUUGUAAAAUGUAGGUUGACAUUCGAAAAAAAAAGCUUUAUUUUUUGAGUAAAUAGCUUUCCUCGUGUAGAAUUAAAAGUAGCCAAUCAGAUGGAGAACUAGAAUCAUGUUUAUGAGCUCGCGAAGUUUGGUUAUUGGUCACAAAUGAAAAUUUAGCCCCCUCCUUGGUAAGGGCAGUGUGGGGGCAGUGGAAAUUUUUACUGUUUGAAGCUUAUGUACGUUAGUUAAACAAUCGAGUCUCUUUCCGAUCCACUGUUCUUUCUCCAUUGUUAAAUGAUACUAU